CACUUCUCGUGUCGUCUCUGAAUUCACUUAUAAAAGACUGAGAGGCGUCUCCAAUACAAGAGACCAGGCUCGAGAUCCUUAAAACAGAACCUCCAGCCGGACGUACUUCAACCUAAUGUCUUAGUUACAUGAUGGGGACACAUCAUGGUCCAGAUUUCAUUCUUCCGCCCUUUGAUCCGACCUCCCCGCCUGCCCUAGGGACACCUAUCAAAACUGUUGCCGAACUGAUCGAUUUCAACGCCGACAAAAAUGCCAACUACCUCUUCUGCCUGCAAGCGGAGCGAGCUGUCCAGGGUGCCAAAGAUUCAACCUUUCUCCCGAUAACCUUCAAGACACUUCGAGACCUUAUCUUCGGCUGCCAGCAAUGGUUGCGAGAAAAUAUUGUUGAACUUCAGCUCCCAAAUAAGAAUGACCAAGGAACAGUUGCCAGGGGCAAGCCAAUUGCAUUGCUUGUCGACAGCGAUAUUGGUCUUCUUAUCCAUUUCUUUGCAUUCGUUGGACUCGGUAUCCCUGUACUACUCCUUUCCUCUCGGCUGAGCCCGCUGGCAAUCCAGUCGCUACUUCUUCAAACCUCAAGCAAUGCCAUUCUCACAUCCAGCCGCCUCGAAGGUGCUGCAAAGGAGGCUGUCAGUUUGUUUGAGAAUGACGGGCGGCGGCCAACACUGUACCGGGAGACUUCGUACCAGCUCUUCAUGCGGCCCCAAACCUCGCAAAUAAUCGCAUCAGAGCAUCACUAUGUGGCGGACAAUGACCGCAAUGUCCUUAUCCUUCAUUCUUCUGGUACUACGGGCUUACCGAAGGCUGUAUUUCAGAGCCAUCGGUAUCUACUUAGUUAUGCCCCGUUCGCGAGUUUUGAUUUUGAAGGUCCCUCCGAUCUGCAGAAGCACCAAACGAUAGGACUCUCUACACUUCCCCUCUACCAUGCCUUUGGGCUGAUGGCCCCUAUGAUGUCCUUAUCAAUUGGCAAGCCUUUCGCCAUUGCCCCUCCUGCUUUUGUUCCUUCGGCUGCCUCUACGGUAGAGCUCCUCACUCUUGCUGAUGCUAGAUCGCUCCUAACAGUCCCAUCAUUGCUGCAAGACAUCACCGAACUUCCAGAAAACGUGGGCCUUGAAGUACUCCGCAAGCUUCAGUACGUCGCAUCAGGUGGCGGACCACUUGGUGUCUCUGUGGGCUCAAAGCUUUCUCGGGCAGGUGUCAAGCUUAUCAACGGCUUUGGAAGCACGGAAGUGGGCAGCGUUGGUCGUCUUCAGCCUCCCGGACCGGAUAACGAUUGGAGAUACUUCCGACUGCGCAAGGAUCUGCACUUCAAAAUUACCGCGAUCGAUCCUCCCACUGUCGAGGACGAAGAGCGCCGAUAUAAGAUUUCAACCAGACCUCCGGGAUGGGAUUCGGAUUUUGAGAUGGGCGAUUACUUUGUGACAAGCCUCAAGAAAACUGGGCGAGAUUUCAUGCCCACAGCACGAGUGGACGAUGUUAUCGUUCUCAAGACUGGAGAAAAGGUCUCUCCACAUAUUCUGGAGACCAUGCUAAUGAACCGAGAGGAUGUUCGAGCCGCAAUUGCUUUUGGCCAUGGUCGUUUUGAGAUCGGCGUGCUUGUCGAGCCAUCUGCUCCCAUUCUCGAUUCUCAAGUCGAAGAGUUUAAAAACCGACUCUGGGGCACAAUCGUCCAUGCUGGGAGCUUUAUGGAUGCGCAAGCCCAAAUAUCGUCUCCUGCCGCCGUUGUCGUCUUGAGACCGGACCAAAAGUUCCCGAGGUCGGACAAAGCAUCCAUUUUACGAGAAUUUAGCUACGAGAUGUUUCGGAGCGAGAUUGAAGAUGCAUAUGUGCACCUCGACAAACCCCUUGCUCAGUUUGGAGCCACUAAUGAUGUCGAAGAGAAUCUCCUGGACUUGAUACAACGAAAUAUUUGGAAAUCACACUUGAAACCAUUGAAGAAGACGGAAGAUCUCUUCGAGCUCGGGAUGGACUCUCUUCAGGCAACGCAACUCCGGCGUCACCUGUUUGCCGAAUUGUCCAAACGAAAAGAUGUAGCUACCGUCCAAACACAGAUACGCCCUGAUAUUGUAUACCAAUACCCCUCUAUCGCAAAAUUGGCAACAUAUCUUAGCGGGGGGGUUUGUUCUGGAUCUGGUGCUCUGGAUCAUGGUUCCCUACUCACUCUCAUAGAGCAGUACGUCGGAAGUCCCCUCCCAACACCAGACGUUAGCGAACGAAAUGCGACAGUACUGAUAACUGGUGCAUCUGGAGCUCUCGGUGCACACAUUCUCGCUCAACUGACCUCCAUGUCUUCGGUUGAGCGAAUCAUCUGUCUCAAUCGCCCCGGCGCCGACAAGAUGAGCCCAUACGCGCGACAGUUCAAAGCUAGUAAGCUUAAAGGUGCCUAUAUUCCUCUUCGUGACGCGGAUAAGAUCGAAAUCUUGGAGGCGAAUACUGCCCUGCCCUGCCUCGGGUUGUCUCAAUCCACAUUUUGGGGACUUGCAACCUCUAUCACCCAUAUCAUCCACAAUGCUUGGCCAGUCGACUUCAAGCGUACAGUGACUUCGUUUGAGGCCCAAUUCCGCAUCAUGUCAAAUCUCUUGGAACUAGCGCUGAAUACUGGAUCAAGGACCAAAUUCUUGUUCGUGUCGUCUAUCGCAGUGGUGUCCGAGUACGACGCGCACCGAAGGGAGGACGAGCCGGUAUUUGUCCCCGAGCAACCUUUCCAGACUGAUUGGAGUUUGCCGAACAUGGGGUAUGGACAGUCGAAGCUAGUGUGUGAAAAGAUGUUAGAGCGAGUGGUCAACGAUGGGAUGAUCGACGGUGUUGUAGUCCGAUUCGGCCAGAUUUCUGGAGCGAUCAGCAACGGGUAUUGGAAUCCCGCAGAAUACGUCCCCAGGAUGGUGGCAAACUCAAAACGCAUUGGCGCCUUGCCAGAACUGCCGGGUACACUCUCUUGGCUUCCCCUUGAAAAUGCUGCCUCGACUGUGACGGAUAUUCUUUUCGCCCCUCCGAAGACCGGUCGAGAGGGCGACAGGUUUGUCUAUCAUGUCGAAAAUCCCUCUCGUCAAUCUUGGGAUUCAGUUAUGGCGACGAUAUCGGAAACUCUUAAUCUGCGUCUAACGCCCUUUGAGAACUGGCUCAAUCAACUUCAAAAUUUGAAUACACAGAAAGAGAUACACUCAAGAGAAAAUGCCGUAGGUUCCUCAAGUGCGUCCUUGCAGCAGUUCUUUGAAACAGAUUUCAUUCACGUUGGAUGUGGGAAUCUGUGCUUGGACACCACAUUUGCACGAAGAAUCUCGCCAUCGCUGAAUGAAGCAGAGGCCAUAAGUAAAGGACUAGUAGAGAAGUACGUCAAGUUCAAGUAA